CUCAACAUCAAUUGUGCGAUGGACAAAGGGAUUGCCCAGAUGGCUUUGAUGAAAUGGAAUGCAUAGCACAAUGUGAAAACCCAGCGGACUUCCUGUGCAAGGACCAGAGGAAGUGUAUCCCAAAGACUCAAGUGUGUGAUGGCCGUACCAAUUGUCCAGAUGGUUCAGAUGAGAAGCAGUGCCAAUCAGAACUUACAUCUGCAUCACCAAGAACAAGACCUGGGCCUCUAAAGUGCCGCACAGGUUUCAAACUGUGUAAAAACGGCCUGCAGUGCAUCAUGUACAGCCAUGUCUGUGAUGGAGAGCGUGACUGCCAGGAUGGGUCUGAUGAAGAGGGAUGUGAUGCUACAGAGGCUGGUGCCCAAAGUUCUGUGGAUAAUGACUACAUGAACGAAUCUCCCAAACCAGUGAAACAUUUUAGUCAGCCUAUCACCACUCCACCAUGCACCAGCCCUUCAGUUCUGUGUCCAGACACCUCCAUUUGCUUGAAGGCCACACAGAUCUGUGAUCGAAUGAAAGACUGUCCUGAUGGGUUUGAUGAAAAAUGUGUGAGAAGAUGUCCAGGCUCUGAUUUCCGUUGCAAAGAUCGUCGAAGCUGUGUCCCAAAAAGCCAGGUCUGUGAUGGUCGCUUCCAGUGCAACGAUGGCUCAGACGAGUUUAAUUGUCGGUCAGUAGAGUCUCGACCAUCUCAGAAAACCGCCCUGAAAUGUCGCAUGGGGUCCAGAAUGUGUCGCGAUGGGACAGAUUGUGUCCUCUUCAGCCAUGUCUGUGAUGGGGAAAGGGACUGCAGGGACGGAUCGGACGAGGAAGGCUGUGAUGAAGAAGAAAUGAUUGAAUCCUCAUCCCCCAACAAACAGUUCUGUAGUUUCCCUUCAGUUCUGUGUCCUGAUUCAAAUGUAUGCAUCAACCCGUCUCAGUUAUGCGAUGGGAUCAGAAACUGCCCUGAUGGAUCUGAUGAGAAUUGUGUGAAAAAGUGUGCUGACAAAACCGACUUUCUCUGCAAGGACCGUAGGAGCUGUGUGUCGAGCAGUCUGGUUUGUGAUGGGCUCACUCACUGCUAUGAUGGCUCGGAUGAGGCUGACUGUCGGAGUGUAACUGCUCCACCGCUUGAGUCCAAUGUAUUAAAGUGCCGCAGGGGCUCAAAGCCAUGCAAAGACGGCCAAGAUUGUGUUUUAUUUAAUCAUGUUUGUGAUGGCGAAAUCGACUGCUUGGAUGGGUCUGAUGAAGAGGGAUGCCAAGAAACAUGUGAUGAAGGAGAGUUUCAGUGUGCCCACGGGAAGAUGUGCAUCCCUGAGAAUGAGGUUUGUGAUGGCAAGCCACAGUGUCGGGACCACUCUGACGAGGUGGAUUGCUGGCAGCGAACAAAGAGCUGUGAACACCGUUGUGCUGAUGGCAAGCGGUGCAUCCCGAAGAAGUUCCUCUGUGAUGGAGAGCCAGACUGCUUGGAUGGAACGGAUGAACUGAACUGUAAUUCUGCUCCAACUGAUUUUCCUGUUGCCUCGACAUCAGCUUGCAUCACUCCUUCAGUUCUGUGCCCAGACUCAUCACGGUGCAUCUCUCAACAUCAAUUGUGCGAUGGACAAAGGGAUUGCCCAGAUGGCUUUGAUGAAAUGGAAUGCGACCAGAGGAAGUGUAUCCCGAAGACUCAAGUGUGUGAUGGCCGUACCAAUUGUCCAGAUGGUUCAGAUGAGAAGCAGUGCCAAUCAGAACUUACAUCUGCAUCACCAAGAACAAGACCUGGGCCUCUAAAGUGCCGCACAGGUUUCAAACUGUGUAAAAACGGCCUGGAGUGCAUCAUGUACAGCCAUGUCUGUGAUGGAGAGCGUGACUGCCAGGAUGGGUCUGAUGAAGAGGGAUGUGAGAAGCAAUGCAAGCCAGGACAGUUCCAGUGUUCUCAUGGGAGAAAAUGCAUCCAACAAGAGCAGGUGUGUGAUGGGCAGAAGGACUGUCAGGACCAUUCAGAUGAAAUAGACUGCUCAAAACCAAUUGAAGGCUGCCAUCACCUUUGUGACGACAAAACUCGCUGCGUUCCAAAGACCUUUCUUUGUGAUGGAGAAAAAGACUGCACCGAUGGGUCAGAUGAAGAUAAAUGUGGUUUGGGAGCCUGUGCUCCAGAUCAGCAUCGAUGUGAGAGCGGGCAGUGCAUUUCUGAGGCGUUUAGAUGUGAUGGUUAUCCUGACUGCCACGACCACUCGGAUGAGGCGGGCUGUCCAAGAGCCCCUCACUGCCCGGCACAGCUCCGAUGCCCACACAGCCAUGAAUGUCUGCAGAAAGAGUGGCUUUGUGAUGGAGAAAAGGACUGUAAAGAUGGCUCCGACGAGAAUAACUGCAACAACCCUCCAACAAAGUGCAGGAAGUACCAAUUUCAGUGCAGACAGAGCGGUUUCUGUGUUCCUCAAUCCUGGAGGUGUGAUGGAAAAGAAGACUGUGACAAUGGAGAGGAUGAGGAUAAGUGUAUCCAGAGGAAAUGCCCCUACCACCUUUACCAAUGUGGCAGCAAAGAAUGUCUGGAACCCAGGCUGGUGUGUGAUGGCAUCACCAACUGUAUUGAUGGCUCAGAUGAAGGUGUGGGAUGUGCUCAACGCAACUGCUCAAGUCCUUCAGCUCCCGCCUGCGACCACAGAUGUGUCAGCACCCCUAAUGGACCGAGGUGUUACUGCGGUGCUGGUUUCAGGCUGCAGUCUAGCUCCAAGUCCUGUAUGGACAUUGAUGAGUGCACUGCAACACCAGCUACUUCAUGCAAGCACCUUUGCCAGAACACUCGGGGAUCCUACAGCUGCCUCUGCCACCCGGGUUUCUAUCUUGAGCCAGAUGACCAAAGCUGCAAGACAAAAGAUGAGCCUCUGCUUUUGGCUUCGGUGCAGUCCGAAAUGCUAAUACUUGGAGUCCAUAGCGGUACAUUGCAGCUUCUCUCAUCUGCUGACCGGCCCGUCUUUGCUCUGGAUUUUCACUGGGCUGAGCAGAGAGUCUACUGGGUGAGCCCUGACCACCAGAGCAUCCGCUGGGCUGACAUGAAAACUAAAACUAAAGGGACGCUGACCAAAGGCAUGAAGUCUGAUUCAAUCGCAGUGGACUGGGUUGGUAAAAACCUGUACUGGGUGGACAGACUGGUUGGACAUAUUCUGGCUAUAAAGCUAAGCAGUUCAAUCAUGAAAUCUCAGGACUAUACUGUAGUUCUUGGAGAAAACCUGGAGCAGACAAGCUCACUGGUCCUGAUACCAGACAAGGGAUUGAUGUUGUGGUCUGAGAUUGGCAGCAUCCCUCAGAUCGAGCGGUCUGGGAUGGAUGGAUCACAGAGGAAAGUACUGGUGAGCCGGGACUUGAGCUGGCCAGUCAGUCUGGCAUAUGACUUCCUGGAAGACAGGGUCUACUGGGCUGAUGAGAAGCUGCACUGCAUAGGCUCAGCCUCACUGGAUGGAGAUGAUAUAAAGAUCCUCCAGUUGACGGAAACCCCAAGCCCUUUUUCUGUGGCGAUUUUCAGCGACCGCAUGUUCUGGUCCGACACCAAGAGAAGAACUGUUCAUUCAGCUGACAAGAAAACUGGCAAGAAUCAAACAGUUCUUCUGAAGAGACCUGGGCAGCCAUUUGGAUUAAAACUGAUGCAUGCCCUCUCCCAACCAGCUGUAUCAAGCCCUUGUGACCAUCUGCGAUGCUCCAAUCUCUGUCUUUUGGCUCCAGCACCAGAAAAAUCUAGAGCUGGAGCUCUGGCAGUAAAUGCUGCAGUUUGUCGAUGUCCAAAGGGUUUUCUUCUUUCUCAGGACAGAAUGACCUGCUUUCUUCCCAGAGAGUCAUCUUUCAUCCUGCUUUUGUCCCGCAACAAAAUAUCUCAGAUUUACUUGAGCUCUAUGCGCCGUUUCGGAAUCGCACUGAAGAAAAUGCCAAAUGGCAGAGACUUCAAUCUCCCAGGAGUACCUGAGGCUAUGAGUCUGGACAUUUCUUUCUCAAAGCUCUUUGUGUUUGUUGCUUAUUUAGAACAUGGAUCUGUGGAUGUGCUAAAACUCUCAAACUCCAUAUCAAAACCAGAGCUUGUGCUUGCUGGACAUAUCGUAAAGCUACAGGAUGAUUCAGUAACUGCUCUGGCAGUGGACUGGGUGACCUCCAGUUUGUACUGGAGCAGCAUGAAGAGGCCAGACAUACAUGUGACGUCGCAUCUCGAAAACCACACGACCUCUCUGCUGCAAGGACCUCUCAUUGGAGUUGAAUCAAUCGCCCUCCAUCCUAUCUCGGGUAGGCUCUGCUAUUUUGCCUUAGUAAUAAUGGGUUCAAGGAGCCAGACGGAGCUCCACUGUGCAUGGAUGGAUGGCCGUAAUAAAGUAGUGCUGUGGAAGCGGUUAAGCAUUCCUAUCUCCUUGGUUUUCACUAAUGAUGGAACCAGAAUCUAUUGGGCUGAUGCUGGUGAAGGAAUAAUAAGCUCUAUUGGAGUGGAUGGAUCGGCAUAUAAGGAGUACAAAACCGGUCCCAAUCUGCUUGUGUCCUUCACACUUAUUGAGAAUUUUUUCUUUUGGGUCACUCAAGUCAAAGAUGUCAGCAAAUUAUGGUUCAGUGAUGGAUUCCAACCGAAGCAGUUGUGGUUCCAAACAAAUACAAAGGUUUCCGAAAUCAGGUCCUACAACAAUGAAACCCAGUCUGGAAGUAACCAUUGUUCAAAAGGCAACGGUGGCUGUAUCCACCUCUGCCUGCCCUAUCCAGGAGGUCGGACUUGUAAGUGUGCGAGGGGCUUUUACAGUGCCAAUGACACUUCCUGUGUCCCACUUCCUUCCUGCCCUUCUGGAGAGAAAUCCUGUUUAGACGGCAGCAAGUGUGUCGGGAGCAAAAGGUUCUGUGACGGGCGUGAAGAUUGUCCAGACCAGUCGGAUGAACAGGACUGCCCAGGAUCUGCCACAUUUGGGACAAUAGUUGACCAAUCCCCACAGUCUUCCCUUCACCAUCCUGACACGCAGAAAAACCCCAUUGUGCCUGAUGAAGUCUUGGCAUCAUGCGAUCUCCAGCGCUGCAAUGGCCACGGCAACUGCAUCACAGAGGGCAAAGUCACUCGCUGCCACUGUCUACAAGGUUACACAGGAGAAUUCUGCCAGAAUCAACAAAGACAAAGUCACCCAGCAAUCAUCGUGGUGUCCAUUUGUCUGCUCUCUGGAGUAGUAGUGGGUGCACUCAUCUUCACUAAAAGAAGGUGGGAAUACAUGAGAAGUAGAUCUGCACAUAAAGAGAAACUAUUGACAAACAUGGUUAUUCCAGAUGAACAAGAUUCUGAGGAACUGGAAUCCCCUAUAGAUGUAAAGAACCUGCUGCCCAUCAAAUGAACUGCAGAUGAAAUGACCUAAACUUUUACUGUAUGCAAU